AUGCUUCCAGCUCCCAUAAAUAUAAAGAAGUGGAUCGAAGACAAUGGUCAUUUACUUCAACCUCCAGUAAAUAAUUAUUGCCUACACAGAGGCGGAUCUACAGUUAUGAUCGUGGGCGGUCCCAACGAGAGAACGGAUUACCAUAUCAACCAGACUCCAGAAUAUUUUCACCAACUAAAAGGUAGCAUGUGCCUUAAAGUUGUCGAUGAAGGAGAAUUUAAGGAUAUUAUUAUCAAUGAAGGAGACUCAUUUCUUUUACCAGGGAAUACUCCACAUAGUCCGGUGAGAUUUGCUGACACAAUAGGUCUAGUCGUUGAACAAGAUAGACCACAAGGAGUCAAUGAUAAAAUUAGAUGGUAUUGUAGUAAAUGCGGAGAGGUUAUAUAUGAAAUCGAUUUUUAUUGUUCAGAUCUAGGAACGCAGGUAGCAGAAGCAAUUGCAACUUUUGAUGGAAAUAUGGAAGCAAGAACUUGUGAAAGGUGUGGAACAUUAAACUAUUCAAAGCCAUAA